CACACACACACACACACAGGUAGAACGCCGCUCUGCGGCGCUACGACCGCCUCCGCCUGUGACCACCUCAGACUGCUGCUGCGGUGGCCACUUCCUCGUCAUCGUGGUGGGCACCCACCACGCGGAGAUGUUCGCUCACGUCUAGUCGUCGGAGGCGGGCGCGUUGAACAUGCCCACGUCCGCUCGGCGAGACCCGACGAAAACGUCGACUUCGCACCAGCCCGCUCGCCGGGAACACGCUCUACCUCGCAUUCCAGACGAGCGCGACGGCCCUGGAGUACGACUUGGGUGGGCACGCGGGAGAUGCCGCCGCUGCCAUGCCUGGACUGGCAGCGCGUUGUGCUCGCCACCAGGGACGAUGGUCGUCUGGGACUCGCCAUGACAGGCAAGUCCACGAUCUACCUGUGGGCGAGGGAGGCACCAGCUCGGGGAGAUGGGAGUUGGCUACAGACCAGAGCCAUCAAGUUUGACACGCUGCUCCCUGUCGGUGCCUUCUCGGCCUUUUAUUGAUUUGGUUAGCUUAGUUUUGUGGAUGGCGUCGGUGUAGUUUUUUGUGCGGACUUGCGAUGUACUCUUCACCAUUGAUCUGAAGUCUCUCCGGGCCUCAAAGGUGGUCUACAGAGUAAUUACACGGAUCAUACAUGGUAAUGGCUCAGUGGUUCACUUAGGGCGUGUUUGGUUGCAGGACAGGGACAUCCCCUGUCGUCCUCUUUUGUCCCUCUAAUUUUGAGAAACAACUGGGGACAACACUGGGAUAAUCAUAUCCCAACCCUUGACCCUAAACCAAACAAUCUUAUUUGAGGGAUCGUUUUAUUUGAGGGGUCGUCCCAUCCUAUUAUUGCAACCAAUCGCAUAGUAAAAACGCAUAGUGAAGGCAAGGAAUUCAACUGUCAAAGAAAAAUAAAAAGUCAAUCAGAAUAACCAUGUGAAGGCAAAAGCAGUCCCAAAGGUCAUACAUGUGCAGGGACUAUUGACUCUGUUGUUCUCUUCCUGAGAAAGAGAGGACGGGCUCACAUGGAAAGUUUCCUUUCUGUAGCCCUGGGUGAAUUGGUGACUAGAUCAAUAAAUUUCAUCAUCAACAAGUUCUCGAAGCCGCCGACACUUGCCAUGGAGGAAAGCCUACAAAGGACUCUUCUCCGAGCACAGGUCAUCGACGAGGAGGCCAUGGGGCGGCACAUUCCAAAUCAAGCCAUGAUCCAGCAGUUAGGCAUGCUGAGAGAUGCCAUGCACCGGGGCUCUUACGCACUCGACGCCUUCAGGUACAAGCCUCACUAUGGAGAGGACGACAGUGUUCAAGUUGUGAGUGGAUUCAUGUCCCUAUCCAAGUUACCCUUUGCAAAGGAUCCCUAUUUCUUCAGUCGAACUGCACAGUCUCGGGAACAACUACAAGAGGCACUUGACAGAUUGGGCUCCAUGAUUGUUGAUCUGAAUGAGUUGGUGAUGUUCUUGGCGAGCUACCCUCGUCUGCAUCGCCAACCUUACAGCAUGCAUAUCUUACUGGGUAACUGCAUGUUUGGUCGCCAGGUGGAAGCAGAACUUGUCAUUAAUUUUUUGCUGCACACACAGCCUCAUAGCUCUGAAGAACUGGAGGUCCUGCCAAUUAUCGGUCCAUGCAGAGUCGGCAAGAGCACCCUAGUCGCUCAUGUUUGCAAAGAUGAAAGAGUCCAAGAUCAUUUCUCAGAAAUCUUGUGGCUGAAUGACCUUGCUUUUACAGAUGACGAGCGAGCUUUCAGACAGGGAUAUGCAAUGGAGCAUCAGAAUCAAGUGUCGAACUGGAACAAAGACAAGAGAUCGCUAGUUGUUAUAGAACUAUCUGGAAAUCUCCAUGAAGAUGCUUGGAACAGGUUCUAUCUUGCUUGCAAACGGAGCUUUUGUAGCGGGAGUAAAAUCGUAGUCACAAGCAGUUCAGACAGAGCUGCAAAGUUUGGAACAGCACAGGCUCUAGCUCUGAAGCAUCUAUCUCAUGAAGCAUACUGGUAUUUCUUCAAGACACUUGCGUUUGGAAGCAUGGAUCCUGAGACACACCCAAGGCUUGCACAGGUAGCCAUGGAGAUAGCCAGAACGCAGAAUCGUUCAAUCAACGCCGCGUACAUCAUCUGUUAUUUGAUGAGGAACAAUUUUAACAUCCACUUUUGGUGCAAGGUUCUGAGGUUCUUCAGAGUGUUCGUCCAGAAGCAUGUCUCCAGAUUCGGCACGCAUCCAUACGAUCUUCUGAACCAGAACAGACCAAUAAGGAUUAGCCGAAUGGGUACAGCUUCUGAAUAUUUCACUAUUCAUCGUCAGUAUCAUUGCUCUUCACAAGAGGAGGUUCCUAAGAUAAGAGUCCACGAUGUGGUGUAUGGAAGCAUGAAGACUUGCAGAAAAUUUGAGGUCCUAUCAUGGAGAUCUCCAAUACCCCCCUACUACAGCUAUGCCAAUACUUAUGAGAUUCAAGAGCGAAGGACUACAAGUGCCAAGAGGAAGCGUUCUACGGAAGAUGGAGUCACAUUUUGCUAAUUUUGCCAUUACCUGUGUCAUGUAGGAAUAUUGUUUCGUUCAGUUUUUUCUGGGUAGGAUGCCACAAGUUACAACACAGACCAAGUGUAAAUAAAACCUGUGAAGUGUCACAGGUUAUAGUUACAGCAUAAUCAAACUGUACUAUAAUAACUCUUGUAUUUCCGUUAUGCUAUAAUAACUCUUGUAUUUCCGUUAUGCUAUAAUGGAAAUGAGGUUGCUAUAUAAUCAUCA